AUGUUAACUCCAACAAGUCAGCACAAUUUUGACAAGCAUUUACAUUUAUCACUUCUAAAACUGCCCAAAUAGGUGUUAGGACAGAAAUUAAAAUAUUGUGAAAUCUAUGGAGUAGUUGAAGUUAAUGAUAUUAAAUAUAAUAAGUUUUUAAAUAAAAUCAAAUUGCAAAAUGCUUUGCAACCAGUAUUGAUGUCAAUUUAGUGUAUCUAGUAUCAUAAUAGAUUAUAAUUUAGCUGGAAUAUCCUCUAAUAACCCAGAAAAGCUAAAUAUUGUAGAAGUAAUGCAUAAAAUAAUCAUUCAAUUAAACUUAGGGUUUGAAAAAAGGAAGCAACUUUAAUAGCAAUAUUUAGUUGCAUGGAAAGCAAUAUAGAAAACUUAAACUAACCUAAGGUUAGUUACUGAGAUCAAAAAAAAUUUUCAAUUGCAAGAAACCUGCUUACUCUUCACAACCAAACUGAAUAUCAAUUUUAUACUUAAUUUAAGUAUUAAUAUAUAAUUACAAUUAAUAGUACAAUAAUACGGACAAAGUUUAAAUCUAAUAAGCAAAAGGAUAGUAGAAUAAAAUGAAAAAAUAUUAAUUAAUUUGUUUUAGAAAUGA